AUGCAGAAUGUACAGAAUGGGUGGCCAGACGAGAAACGCCGCGUUUUUGGGUCUGUGACAAAGUAUUGGAGUGAUCGCGGUACUCUUUCCCUCCAUAAUGGGUUACUUAUGAGAGGGCGUCGACUAACUAUUCCCCCUAAACUAAGGCCAGAUGUACUGAGACGCCUACAUGAUGGACACCAAGGCCUAAGCAAGACGCGUGCAAAUGCCGCCUCGUCAGUCUGGUGGCCGGGGAUCUCUAACGACAUAUGCAAGGUUGUGAGCAGCUGUGCUAUUUGCGAGAAGUACCGGAGGGAACGAAUAGAGCCAAUAAAAGGCACUGCGUUUCCUAAUCGACCAUGGAGUAGAGUUGGCGUGGACUUCUUCCAGCAUAAGGCCAAGACCUAUCUCAUUGCCGUAGAUUAUUUCUCUAGAGAUGUAGAGGUUUAUUUGGUGUCCAAAAGCGUGAACACUUGCCAGACCAUCUUACAAUUAAAAAAGAUCUUGAGCAGACACGGGAUUCCCGAGAUCCUUUUCACUGAUAAUGGUCUUCAGUUCGAUUUACGCGAGUUUACAACCUUCUCUAAUGACUUGCACUUUGAGCACAUCACUUCUUCUCCAAAAUAUCCCCAUUCUAAUGGAGAGGUCGAACGUGCCGUGCAAACCAUGAAGAUGAUCAUUAAUAAGAGUAGAGACGAAUACUUAGCUCUACUGACUUAUAGAGAUACUCCAUUACACAAUGGCUAUUCACCAGCCCAAAUCAGCAUGGGCCGAAAGUUACGCACAAGAAUUCCUUGUCACCCCGAUGAGCUGCUGCCCCAGGCCCCUGACUACGACCAGGUGAAGAAGAAAGAGAGAGAAUACCGAACCAAAGUGAAGUCCUACUACGACCUCAGACAUAGAAUCGUUGAAGGAGAGGAACUGUCACUUGGCGAUCGCGUGUGGAUCCCAGACAUGAAAGUUGAGGGAACUGUGAUCAAGCCACACGAACGUCCAAGAUCUGUAGUUAUUCAGACCCCAAAAUAG